CUUGUUUGCAGUCUUUUUUAGCUCUUACAACUUUGGAAUUCAUUUUCAGGCUCGAUUUGCCUGGUAUCGAGACAUUAGUUUGGUCUGCUCAUACGAUUUCUCAAGAUGGGAUGCAACCCGCAAUCGCCUCAGGUGCUCUCUAUGGAGGCGGACUCAAUGGAUGACAGCUACUUUCGAAUCAGAUGUGGUGGCAAAGUAAAAUACGUUACCGUCGCUCCCGGUACAUUGGUCUCCGAAGACCUUUGGCUGCCACUUUACUCCCUGCCUCCGCUUCCUUACAACGAAGACGGAUGGAACGUCGCUCAUGUAUCACGAGCCGAGGGGAGCCAGAAACUGCACUCAUCACUUGAACUUCAAUCCCUGCCGGGGGUGACGGAGAUAUGGCACCCGCAAAAGAUCGACGUGCUCUCGCUGGAAAGGGUCGAGAUCCUCACCAUGUCCACGUUUGAGUGCACCUGGAAGGAGGAGCCUACACCUUGCGGGACAUAUGUCGCAAAGAUUGCGCGCUUCGAGUGGGAGAUCCCCCGCAUUGAGCGUGAGACGCACGCAUACCGCCUCCUCCAGGACACACACAUUGCACCCAAAUUUUUAGGCCAUAUCCACGAGCAAGGGCGCGUGAUUGGUUUCUUGCUUGAGAAAGUCGACGGUCACUUUGCUGGCAUCGAUGAUCUGCCCCGCUGUACCGAGGUACUGACAAGCCUCCAUAAGCUGGGUCUACUCCACGGGGACGUCAAUCGCCACAACUUCUUGAUCGGCGACGGCUGGACUAAGAUGAUCGACUUCGAGACUUGCCGGGAAUCUCAAGAUCAGGGGCUGAAAGAAGCUGAGUUGUUGAGUCUUCCUGCAGAAUUGAAAGACGAAAGUGGACGCGGUGGGGGUUUCAUCGCGGUCGAUGAGGAGGAUUCAGAUCAUUCAUUUUGAAACAUUUGAAAUUAGUCGAGACGGCCUGCUAGAACCCCAGACUCGAGAUAGACACCGAAAAGAAACUCUAACUUGUUCCCGG